AUGGAUGCACCAGGGUCAACUGCGACGCCAUCAAUCGCGGGCGAAUACCUUCCCCUCUCCUCCAGUCUCUCUGCGAUCGCCUCAUCGAUGGAUGUUACAAUAGAGCAGGUGCAGGCACAAGCACAGACGCGCACCUCGUCAGGUUUUGGCUAUGCUCUUCUCUCAGUGUUGAGCUUCCUGCCUGGUGCUCUGCUAUGGCUCAUCACCUUCACCACUAUUACCCUGCCAACAUGGUUGUUUACGCUGUUCUCCAUGAGUCUGACCUUUACCAUGAACUUUACCACUCUGCUGUUGAUAGCUCUAGCCAUCGUCUCGACUAUCAGCUGGGUUAUCCGGUACCGGUACCUCAAUGUCUAUACUCGUCUACCACAAGAACCGCAGCGGAAAGAGCCUCAGUUGGAUCUGUUCCCAGAUACUCAAGAUGGGGAUCUCAAACCCGGAUUGGCCAACUAUCUCGAUGAAUUCCUUAGUGCGAUCAAAGUCUUUGGGUAUCUCGAGCGACCGGUCUUCCACGAAUUGACCAGAACAAUGCAAACCAAGAAGUUAAUCGCUGGCGAAACAUUGCUGCUUGAGGAAGAGAAAGGCUUUUGUCUCGUAGUGGACGGGCUUGUACAGAUUUUCGUUAAGUCGUUGCAAGAUUCGGUUGACGAUACUCUCAACCGUGUGGAUUUGUUCAACGAUGAAGAAGGAUAUCAUGAGGGUAACCAAGGAUAUCAAUUACUGACUGAAGUCAAGAAUGGCGCUUCCAUGUCUUCGCUCUUUUCGAUUUUAUCUCUCUUCACCGAGGAUGUAAAACUACGACAUGGUGACUCUGAUACCUCAGAUUCUCGAUUUCCCAAUCAUGCGGUUCAUACACCAGAGUCCGGGUUUGCGAGCCCAGUAACUCAACCUUCCACUCCAGCUAUGCGACUGUCUGAUGUUGCGGAAGCUACGGACAGGCCAAAACUACCCAGAGUACCUCCACUAGCUUUAGAGCCUGCGUUCGAGGAAAAACAAUCUGGACCGAGGCGUACAAAAUCGGGGACAGAGCCAUCAGCCCAUCCAGAUAUUGUCGCCCGAGCUGUCGUGGACACCACCAUUGCGAUCAUUCCAGCAAGUGCCUUCCGACGACUCACGAGAGUGUACCCAAAAGCUACUGCACAUAUUGUUCAGGUGAUAUUGUCGAGAUUACAUCGAGUCACUUUAUCUACCGCUCAUCAAUACCUCGGCUUAACCUCAGAGGUCCUGCAGAUCGAGAAAUCGAUGAACAAGUUUACCAAUUACGACCUGCCAAGUCAUCUUCGUGGCGAUGCAUUAAACAGACUGAGAGACAAGUUCACGAAGGAAAGGGAUCGAAUUGGACCUGAGGAAGGGACAAAAGGAAUCGCUUUACAUAACCCAACUUCCCUACACCGGCACAGAUCUUCGAGUGGACUCCGCAGAGAGGCAGCCACGACAGCCAGACUGGCCACUAUGAGAGGUGCUCCAAACCCCGGCCCACAGCAGUCCGCGCUGCCCAAGAUUGACACCACAAAUGUCCAUUCCGGUGAUCUUCAUACGGCUUCCAAGAUAUCCCAGCGCCCUGUCAGUCUACACCUGAGAAAUUCGUCGAGUUGGAACAACAUGAACAUGAGCAUGUCUCCUGACCCAUCGAAGCCUCCGCUCGGAAGCCCAAUGGCAGUACGAGAACAGCCUUUGUUUCUACCGUCUUUGGAUAACAAUGUUCUCCAUCGACAAGAUUCUUUAAAUGAAGACAGCCUGUUUCGAGAGUCUGUGCUGGCGUGCAUGGCGAAAGCUCUUGGGCUCAGUGAUGAUGGUAAUCAACCUCUGAAGCGUGGAGCCGGGUCUGUAGAGCAGUCUCCCAGAAUGGUGUCAUAUGACUCGAAGCGACAGACUGCCAUUUUCAACAAUGCGUUUGGAUUCAUCGACCCCUACGACGAUUCUGCUGACGGUGACUCUGAGUCAAUGGCAACCUCAGUCGCAAGCUUUGGUCCUGCGAGAUCUCUAAACGAGGAGCUAAUCGACGAUGUGGAAAUCGUCUUCUUCCCGAAAGGAUCUGUGUUGGUUGAGCAGGGUGAGAGAAACCCUGGGCUUUACUAUGUGAUCGAUGGCUUCCUGGACGUCAGCAUUCCCAUUGAAGAAAAGGAGGACAAGAAUCUAGCCCAGCACCCAAAAGUUCGUGACAAAUCUCGUGAAGGUGGUCCCCCUCGACUUCGAAGAACCAAGACCGCAUCUUCGCGUGCAUCUUCAGUACCUGGGCAGCCUAAGGAUGCUAAACGACUGGUAUCAAAAUCUUUGUUCUUGGUGAAACCUGGAGGCAUCGCUGGGUAUAUUGGGACUUUGUCCUCGUAUAGAUCCUUCACCGAUGUUACAGCAAAGACAGAUGUCUAUGUUGGAUUCCUCCCUCGUUCCUCGUUGGAAAGAGUGGCCGAGAAAUAUCCAAUUGUCUUACUCACGAUGGCGAAACGACUGACAAGUCUCUUGCCGCGCCUGAUAUUACAUAUUGAUUUUGCUUUGGAGUGGUUGCAGGUCAAUGCCGGACAGGUGAUUCACCAUCAAGGUGAUGACAGCGACGCUAUCUACAUCGUUCUUAAUGGUCGACUUCGAGCUGUUCGUGAACUUGAAGGCGGAACCAUGCGCGUUGUUGGAGAAUAUGGUCAGGGCGAGAGUAUUGGUGAGUUGGAAGUCAUGACCGAUGGGUCAAGGCCUGCUACUCUCCAUGCUAUUCGAGAUACUGAGAUGGCUAAAUUUCCGAGAACACUCUUCAACAGCUUGGCUCAGGAACAUCCGAGUAUCACUAUUCAAGUCUCCAAACUGAUAGCCCAACGAAUGCGAACGCUGGUCGACGCACCAUUCACAGAGCAUGGAGUGAGCAGAAAAUCUGCUGCACUGUCUGACUCUAGUACCUCGACUUUGAAUUUGAGAACGGUUGCAAUUCUACCUGUAACCAUUGGAGUUCCAGUGGUUGAGUUCAGUAAUCGACUGACCGCCGCAUUGAGUCAGAUUGGCGUCCCAAAUGGGGUUUCACUUCUGAAUCAAGCCAUUAUCUUGAAUCACCUUGGUCGACAUGCUUUCAGUCGCAUGGGCCGCCUGAAACUCUCUCAGUAUCUCGCCGAUCUCGAGGAAAAGUAUGGCAUGCUCCUCUACGUCGCUGACACGAAUGUGAAUGCACCAUGGACACAGACAUGUAUCGCGCAGGCAGAUUGUAUUCUACUCGUUGGGCUUGCCGAGAGCUCACCAAACAUCGGCGAAUACGAAAGAUUCCUCCUCGGCAUGAAGAGCACAGCUCGAAAAGAUCUCGUUCUUCUCCAUGCUGAUCGGUUCCUCCAACCAGGAUUGACCAGAAAAUGGCUACGGAAUAGGAUGUGGAUCAAUGGAGGCCAUCAUCACAUCCAGAUGGCAUUCAGAAUCAGUUCGGAAGCCACGCCACAUGCUCAACCGCGGCGGUUAGGCAUUGCUAUCAAGCACCGUGUCCAGGUUCUACAAGCGGAGAUACAGAAAUACACCUCUAGACGAGUCCGCCCGGCGCCACUGUACUCCACAGACUCUCCCUUUAAAGGCGAUCUCCACCGUCUUGCAAGAAGGUUGUGUGGCAAGUCGGUAGGUCUCGUUCUUGGUGGAGGUGGCGCUCGCGGAAUCGCCCAUGUCGGUGUCAUACGUGCUUUGGAGGAGGCCGGAAUCCCCAUCGAUGUUAUUGGCGGAACCUCGAUUGGCGCGUUCAUUGGCGCCUUGUACGCUCGCGAUGCAGAUGUUGUACCCAUGUAUGGCCGGGCAAAGAAAUUCGCUGGCCGCAUGGGCAGUAUGUGGAGGUUCGCCCUAGAUCUCACUUAUCCGUCUGCUUCGUACACGACAGGUCACGAAUUCAACCGUGGCAUCUUCAAAACCUUUGGCGAUAGUCAGAUCGAAGACUUCUGGCUAUCCUUCUACUGCAACACUACGAACAUCAGUAAGUCCCGUGCUGAGAUUCAUACGUCAGGCUAUGCGUGGCGGUACGUGCGAGCAAGCAUGUCUCUCGCAGGUCUAAUACCACCGAUCUGCGACGAAGGCUCCAUGCUCCUCGACGGUGGCUACAUCGACAACUUAACGGUUGCGCACAUGAAGAGCCUGGGUACCGACCUUGUCUUCGCCGUCGACGUAGGAAGUCUCGACGAUGACACACCUCAACAGUAUGGUGACACCCUAUCUGGUUUCUGGGCACUACUCAACCGGUGGAACCCGUUUUCAUCCAUUCCCAACCCUCCCUCGCUCUCCGACAUCCAAGCCCGCCUAGCAUACGUUAGCUCCGUCGAUGCGCUUGAGCGAGCAAAAAACACGCCUGGCUGUCUUUACAUGCGCCCGCCCAUUGACGCAUAUGGAACGCUAGAAUUCGCAAAAUUCGACGAGAUCUAUCAGGUUGGCUAUGUGUAUGCUAAAGAAUAUCUCGCUAGGCUGAAGAGUCAGGGCGAGUUCGAGGGUGUUAUUGAUGCAUGGGGUGGUGGCAGUGAUGCCAAAGGCAACAAAUUGCUCAGGGCCAUGGCUCCUCGGAGAGCGAGUAUCUGA